GUGCCAGUCCAAGUGUAACAGAAGGGGGUUACAAAUGGACUCACAGGGACUGUGAAGGAAUAAAUGACAAAAGAAAAGUUUGUGUGUUUUGGAAGCCAAUCCGAGAGGAAGAUAAAAAUGGUCAAAUGAAAGGACUAGAUGGUGCAUUCACAGCCGUCAAUCAGACUAGGACACCAAUUGAUGUGAGCUUGGCUGAAGAUUUAACAUACGGUUGUAGUUCGGGCUUGCUGUGUAAUAUAAGCUAUGUGUUCUCCAUCAAGGCCAGAAAUAGUAAUGGUACAUCAGAAGAUAACUCCACAUUGCUUAUAUCAGCUGCCACUAAAGGAAUAGUCCAGCCACAGUUAAUAGUUGAGGCUGCCAACAUCUCAAAUGUUUCUGUGAGUUGGACAGAAGUAGAAAAGGCCACUGGUUAUAUGGUAGCCUGGUGUAGAAACAAAAAUGGAGAAUGUGAGAAUAGAAACAUCGUUAAAUGGCAAAGAUUCUCUUCGGCCACAAGAAAAGCUGUUAUACAAAUUAAUCCAGAAAACUCACCACAAGACUUUCUGUAUGGUGUAAGUGUGUUGACAGAGCAAGGCAGCAGUGGUUUAGAAUGGCAAGAUUGUGUCUACCUUAAAAAUGCUUACCCAAAGAGGGAGCCUCAGAAUGUGGUUGUGUCAACAGGACCGGAUGAUAACACGCUAGUAGUCACGUGGGAUAAACUGACAUGUAAAUCAGAUGAGCCAUACAUUGCCAUGUACAAUGUACAAUAUAACAAACUGCAUGAUGGAAACCAGCAAUCCCAAAAUGUCUCAGCAUCAGGUGAAGCAAGGAUUGUUUUGAAUAACUUGGAGGAAAAACAAACUUACAUUGUAACAGUGAGAGGAGUUACAAAAGAUGGACAUUAUGGACCAAAGAGUCAAUCACAGAAAGGGAUACCAGUAGAUAAAAGUUUAAAGCCAGGCGCAAUUGUGGGAAUUUCCAUCAGUGUGCUUUUAGUUGUUAUACUGGCUGCAGUUGGAUGUUUCUGUGUGUUAAGAAAGUGUAAAAGGAAAGCAGACAAGACUAAAGAAAGGUUAGCACAAAUAACUAUCCCAGACGACAUCCCCUUUGGACCGGAUGGUACAGUGGAAGAGGGAGGAAUUGACAGAUCAUCAACUCGAUCUAUAAAUAGUAUUGAACGUCAGACUAGUAAUGACAGUGGCUUUGACCCGAUGACACCACCGGUUGGCAAGUUUGAUGAGCAACCUAAGUUUAGUGAUGUAUCUGGAUUGAAAAACCCACGAGUUCUGCCUAAUGGCUAUUGUACGGCAACAUUUGAAAAAGGUCAGAGCUCUGACACAGAUCCUGGCUCUCAUGCAGUUGAAUUGGGUUCUUUGCAUACUUCCUUAGAUAACUCAGGCUUUGUUCUAACGGAGCCAGUAGUAGCUCAAGUUGGCUUUGUAAUGAAUGGGAACAAUGUGACCGGUAGUGAAACGUUUGUGAAAAAAGUGGACAGAAAUAUUGUUCUUGAUGAAACAGCAGUGAAAGCAAGGGUAAAGAAUGAUUCUGGGGAUUCUGGUGUGAGUGAUGCUUAUUCAAAAGCGGCAUUAGGUAGAUCAGAAGAAAAGAAAAAUAAUGAUAAUGGCCAAGAUGUUGAUGACAAAAAUUCUAACAGUGAUAAUGAACAACCUGAUUACGUGUCAGGUGAUAAAGUCAUUAACUCGAGUUUCAAAACCAGUAGUAAUACAAUACCAAAACCUUUAGCAUUUUCUGAAUGUUCAUUUGGUAAUAGUUCCUUUUCUGAUCGGGAAAAUGAUAAUACAACUAGUCAUGUUACAGAUACAAGUUUUGGGUCUUCACCUGACUAUGUUAAAGCACAGUCGCCACAUGAUAAUGUAAAUGCUUUCUUAUCUCCUGGUUAUAUUACGGCUCAAUCACCUACAAUCAGUACAAACAUAAACACAGAUAAUCAUCAAGUCAGUUUACCUGAACAGGAAAUUCAAAAUAAAAGUAAUGAAGAUAAUGAAAGUAACUCUGAAAAAAUCUUGGCAAAUGCUUCUUUCCAACCAUUAACCAAUAUUCCUUGUCCCAGAAGUAUGGAUGAGAGUCAUGAUUCCAGUAUUGAGGAAGAAAGUGCUUCAUCACCUACACAUGCUGAUGCAUCAUCUCCUGUAAAGUCUGGUACAAGUAGAAGUGACUACAUAAAAGUAACAAAUAACAGUACACCUAUGAUUCACAUUCCAUCCAACUCUUCGAAAUCUGUAUCACAGCCAGUAAAUGAAAAUGGUCAGGCCUCUGGUUAUGUUACGACUACUGACAUGCCAAACAUAUCGGUAAAAUGUGCUCCUCAGCAGCAGGCAAACUCAGGUACUAGUUAUGUCACAUUGCCUAACACUGGAACACCAGUGUCAGAGAGGACACAUGGAAUCCAAGUCCAGAUGUCAUGUGUUAAUCCACAUCAAAAACCAGACGAUGCACAUGUUUCUGUAUCAGAAAGUCAAACCAGCAAACAGAACUCAGAUGUUUCUUUGGGUUAUGUAACUUCUGUAACAAGCCCGAAUACUUCACACUUAACACAGUCCUCACUGAAUUCCUCCCCAGUAAGUUUUACUGGAUCUAACUAUUUUUCAGAAGAUCCAAAUAUUAAGAUUCCUACUCCUGCUUCUGAUCAGACUAAUAUGACACUUCCUUCUGUUCACAAUCGUAUGUCUUCUAAUGUUGUUACUGAUAACCAUGCAGCUGGAGGAUAUACGUCUCAUUCUGCUGUUGCUCAGGUUCCAGUUCCUGCUAGUUCUGCUCCUGUUUCGAUAACUUCUGGUGGAUAUUUGCCUCAUUUAAAUCCUGUUCAAGGUCAAAUGUCUCCUGGUGUUGCUGCUGCUCAAAGUGCAAUGUAUUCACCUAAUGUUCAGAACCACUCGAUUGCUAUUAAAAGCCAAAUGUUUGAUAGUACAGUUGCAAACAACAUUUCUUCUUGUAAAGGUGAACAUGAACAAGAUCUUGCGUAUCCAAGUGCUUCAAAAACCAUUGACUCUACAUCUAGUGCUAAUAGUGGUUACGUAUUGUCAGAAAAUAAUUCUGUGCCAAAAUCAACUGAUCAGACCUCGUCAGGGUAUGAAACAAAUACAGAUUCUCGUGCUACAUUUUCUUCUGCGGCAUCUGAUGAUAAUGAUGUCAACCCCCAGUAUAGGCUCACUACAGCACAGAAAACUGACAGUCAGCUUAAAGAGAGUUACACUGGUAGUGAUUGUACGGGCCGGUCACUAUCUUCUGAAUCGGGGAUGGUGCCAUUCAUCAAUGAUCAACCUAAAGAAAAUAUCCCAGAUAGCAAUACCAAUAAAACAAAUGAAUCACAAAGACCAAAUAGUGUGCCAACAAGUGAAAGGCAGUUACCAAAUGGCUAUGUAGAUCAUCAAUUUAUACCUCGGGGAAAUUAUUACAAAGAACAACCUUCUGUUGAAAUGAGAAAUAUUGAGAAACAGAAUGAUGAGGAUGAUCAAGGUAGUAAGAGGGGAUCAGACUCCGGUUUAAGCAGCCUAGAAAAUGAGAGUCCAGAAACAAAUAGAAAGCUGCAAAACGUACAAACUGGAUACGUCUCAUGCGAGGUUGCAAAGUCAAUGCAAAAAUGAUGAUCUCCAUAUGUUUUAAAAAGCCUCAAUGGCCAAUUGUUAAAACUCACUGACUCCGAAUCACUUGCUCCUAACCAACGUACUUGUGAGGAAGCCAGACAUUUGGUAUACGAUAGGUCGAUAGUCUACCAAGGUGCCUACCAUGACUGAAAUAAUGCCAUUGGCAGGGACUUUAGGUAUUCUUCUACCAUCAAACACUGGAAGGGCGCCGGGUAACUUAAUUAAAAUUAUUUCGAUGUAACUUCAAAUCCAACAACACUAACAGUAUACCUUGGGUCAUCACAAAGAAAAUAUUUCAGAAUUUUAUAACUGUCUUCUUACAGUCAUAUAAAAUAUUACAUUGUAACACAAAAAACUUCUAUUUCACACUUGUCUACAUGAACAAUGAUCUUUUUAGACAGAUAUGUACACCCAUUAUACACAAAUACAGCAAAACUUUGAUAUUCACGAUUUAUUGUGAUAUCUAAACAGGUGAAAGCUAUAAACUGAAAUAUAGUGAAACAGAAACAAAUAGUGGUUGAUUUGCUCUUUGUUUUUUUUUUUUGUUUUUUUGUUUUUGAAGCUCACCUGUCACAUAGUGACAAGGUGAGCUUUUGUGAUCGUGCAGCGUCCGGCGUCCGGCCGGCCAUCCGAGCGUGCGUGCGUGCGUAAACUUUUGCUUGUGACCACUCUAGAGGUCACAUUUUUCAUGGGAUCUUUAUGAAAGUUGGUCAGAAUGUUCACCUUGAUGAUAUCUAGGUCAGGUUCGAAACUGGGUCACGUGCGGUCAAAAACUAGGUCAGUAGGUAUAAAAAUAGAAAAAACUUGUGACCUUUUCAGAGGCCAUAUUUUUCAUAACAUCUUCAUGAAAAUUGGUCAGAAUGUUUACCUUGAUGAUAUCUAGGUCAUGUUCGAAACUGGAUCACGUGCAGUCCAAAACUAGGUCAGUAGGUCUAAAAAUAGAAAAACCUUGUGACCUCUCUAGAGGCCAUAUAUUUCACAAGAUCUUAAUGAAAAUUGGUCAGAAUGUUCACCUUGAUGAUAUCUAGAUGAAUUUCGAAACUGGGUCACGUGCCAUCAAAAACUAGGUCAGUAGGUCAAAUAACAGAAAAACCUUGUGACUUCUCUAAAGGCCAUAUUUUUCAUGGGAUCUGUAUGAAAGUUGAUGUGAUUGUUCAUUUUGAUGAUAUCUAGGUCAAGUUCGAAACUGGGUCAUGUGCGGUCAAAACAAGGUCAGUAGGUCUAAAAAUAGAAAAACCCUGUGACCUCUCUACAGGCCAUACUUAUGAAUGGAUCUUCAUGAAAAUUUGUCAGAAUGUUCAUCUUGAUGAUAUCUAGGUCAAGUUUGAAAGUGGGUCACGUGCUUUCAAAAAAUAGGUCCGUAGGUCAAUCAAUGAAAAAACCUUGUGACCUCUCUAGAGGCCAUAUUUUUCACGGGAUCUGUAUGAAAAUUGGUCUGAAUGUUUAUCUUGAUGAUAUAUAGGUCAAAUUUGAAACUGGGUCAACUGCAAUCAAAAACUAGGUCAGUAGGUCUUAAAAUAGAAAAACCUUGUGACCUCUCUAGAGGCCAUACCCUUGAAUGGAUCUUCAUGAAAAUUGGUCAGAAUGUUCACCUUGAUGAUAUCUAGGUCAAGUUUGAAACUGGGCCGGGUGCCAUCAAAAACUAGAUCAGUAGGUCAAAUAAUAAAAAAACCUUUUGACCUCUAUAGAUGCCAUACUUUUCACGGGAUCUGUAUCAAAGUUGUUCUGAAUGUUCAUCUUGAUGAUAUCUAGGUCUGAUUUGAAAUUGGGUCAACUGCGGUCAAAAACUAGGUCAGUAGGUUGAAAAUUAGAAAAAUCUUUUGACCUCUCUAAAGGCCAUAUUUUUCAAUGGAUUUUCAUGAAAAAUGGUCUGAAUGUUCACCUUGACGAUAUCUAGGUCAGUUUCUAAACUGGGUUACAUGCGGUCAAGAACAAGGCCAGUAAGUAUAAAAAUAGAAAAAACCUUGUGACAUCUCUAGAGUCCAUAUUUUUCAAUAGAUCUUCAUGAAAAUUAGUGAUAAUUUUUACUGUGAUGAUAUCUAGGUCAAGUUCAAAACAGGGUCAUGUACCUUCGAAAACUAGGUCAAUAGGUCAAAUAAAAGAAAAACCUUGAGACCUCUCUAGAGGCCAUAUUUUUCAAUGGAACUUCAUGAAAAUUGGUCAGAAUUUUUAUCUUGAUGAUAUCUAGGUCAAGUUCAAAACUGGGUCACAUGAGCUUAAAAACUAGGUCACUAUGUCAAAUAAUAGAAAAAACGAUGUCAUACUCGAAACUGGGUCAUGUGGGAACAGGUGAGCGAUUCAGGACCAUCAUGGUCCUCUUGUUUAAUAUCUAGUUAUCCACUGAAAUUAAACCUUUGUCGUCUAAUAACAUUUAUACCACUAAAACACUACUCACAUUUUGUCGCCAUUGUUAGCAAACAAAAACUGUUGUUAAAAGGCUAUGGUCAAUUUACAAUAGUAUUUUGACAAAUGCACACAUGGAUAUCUGUAUUCAAAAGUUUACCAAAGCAGGUCUUGGAUUAAAAAAUUAUCGCAGUAAAUGACAGGAAUUCAUUUAUCGACACUUAAUCUGUCAUUUAGAAAAGAAAAACAUGCUGCUGUGGUCAGUUCUGACUAAUUAUUGUCUUCUUCCAACUUUGUAAAACUAUGCAGUUAGCGGCCUUCCUGGCCGCUGACUUGAUACCACUUGCCAACUUGCCCCAUACCGCUGUCAGUUCGAAACCUUGCGCUGUGCAUGUUAGAAAGCUAUCUGUCUGGUUUGCGGAAUGUCGGUGGUUCGAUGCAGGUGCCUGCCCAUACCUGCAAUAUAUCAUAGGGGAAAAUAUGCGGCUUACAUUCACCAUCAAAAGCUGAAAGUACCUUUUAGACCUAAAAUCAUGCCAUUGUGACUUAAAACCCAUCGGAACAAAACUCAAAUAAGUAAUUUUGGAUGAAAGGGAAUGCUGAUGUUCCUAUGAAUAUUAUUUUGUCUUCUAACAUAUGAGUAACAUGUAAAUUUAUUUGCUUGUUAAUGACAUGUAUAGGGUAAUUUGGACAAUUGCUCAUUUUAGAUUUGAUUGAUAAAUUCACUUUUGCAUAAAAUAGCUUUUGUUUGUAUAUAAAGAAAAAGUGAUAUUUUUCAUCAACAUCUUGUGCCUUGUUCGUUUCGAUGUAUUUGUAUAUGUAGACAAUAUAUAUGUAAAUAAUAUUGUAACAUCAGACAUUUUGUGUUGAUACAAUUAUUCACAUGUGAUAUACUGCAUGUAUUAUGCUUUUAUAUGUUAUGACAUGACACAUGCAAAUUGAUGUGUUACUAGAAAAAGGUUUGUUUACUUUGAAUUAAACACCAAUACUUUACUGAACUGUAUGCAUAGCAAAGGGUGCUUUUGUGUUUCCAGCGUUGCUAAGGGAUCACUGAACUUUGGUAUUAAAUUCACAUUUUUCAUAUACUUUUUCAUAAAACGUAAUGAUUCUUCAAAUCUAGGUAAAAGAAAAAAUACACUGCCCUAUUUAAACUUAUGAUUGUGCGUUUAGACACCUAGUGUAUUACGAAUAAUGACACAAGUUUUGCGUACCUUUGUUAUAAUGGGCAGAGAAAUUCGCUUGUACGUACAGAUAUUUUUCAGUUUAAUAUUAUAAUUAUGCACAAGAAUUAUGUAUGAAAUGACAUUUGUUGAUUCUCUUUCAUUUGAAUAUUGUAUUUAAUGAAAGUAUACCAAAUGUUAAUACAGCUGAAGCUGCGUUUAUGGCCACCUGUAUUAAGCAGCCAUUUGCCUGAAGGAUACUGUAGAGAACAGUGCAGAUCUUGAUAAGACUGCACGGAUGUGCAGGUUGAUCAUGAUCAACACUGGUUGAAAGGGCAGAAUCACUCGUAUCCAGCAUGAUAAGGGUUAAGCUGCCAUAUUUUGUCGCUUUUUGGUUGGAUGCUUAAUCAGGGUUUAACUGUAAAUUAUAUGAAUUCUUUAGAUCUUAUAUGUAGCAUAAUUUUCAAUUAGCAAUAGUUUUUAACAUCUGUUCAUUUAUUCGUGGUGCUUUUAUUCAAUCUAUUUUUUACAAAAAUGUGCAAUGCACACAAUGUGAAGAGGGAGGGUGUUGAGACAUGGUAUUUUGUGACGUUUUGUGGAAUGAGAUGUUAAGCCUUGUUAAGAAAAACGUGUUUAUGUACUAACAGACAGAUUUAAAGAUGAACCUUUUGUCAAAAUUAAUUACUGAUGAUUGUAAACUUAUAUCUGAAGCCGUGCAAAACUAGUUAUAUAAAUAGUUGAAUGCCAGUCAAAAGGUCACGAGUUUGUUACUAUAACAUUUGGCACGAUCUUCCAGAAUUUUCAAGCAUGACAGAAGACGAAACAUCUGCAGUUAUUCGUCGGCAUACUAUGAUUAAUGUAGGAAUUUAUAGGUUUUUUGUUGUUGAAACUUUGUCAUUUUGAGCACUAUUCUAGGCAUAUCAGUUAGGUUAUCUUGGUAAUAAUAAUAAUAACCGUUAUACUGUUAAAAUGGCAUUCAGCACUAACGCGCUAAUAAUGUUCCAUUAUUCUUGCUUCAUGGAAUGGUUUUGUGUCAUGGAAUCUUUUUAUGUGAUUUGCUCAUAAAUCUAUGUUAUCUAUCACAAAAUGUGUUGACAUAAUAAAUUAUAUAAAGAUCCCUGAUUAAAAUUUAAUACCUUUUGAAGGUUAAAAGAUUGAAGUCAACCAAAUUGUAAAUUGUAUGGCACAUAUAUAAAUUGUUUUAGACAGAGGAUGGUUAAACUAAAAACUUUCUGGAAACGUUCAGUUUACAACUUAGGCAGAAUUUAAGAUUGAAUAGUAUUUUGGCCUUCAAAUGAAGCUGGCAAUAGUUCCUUCGGCUCGUUUUCGUGAAUGGUUUGUACCAAACACUUUAGUUUAAGAAAGAAACAAAAGAAUGACUUAAAGAGAGAAAGAAGGAGAUACAAUUCUGGUCAAAGGAACAUUUCUUAUUAAAUAAUUGGUAAGUCUGUGAUAAGUGAUGGCUGGGCAACAGUGCGGCAGAUUAUUUUAUCUGAGUCUGAAUUUUCGUCAAGGAAUCCAGACCUGAGUAAAUGUAUUUGCAACUUUGAAUCAGUAUUGUGUAUCAAAAUUAGUGUACAUUUAUUUCACUUUUGUGAUAUGUUUGUAAUUUUUGUUACUGCUGAUUGUUUUAUAUGGCAAUAAUCAAAGUGCUGUUGUUUUUAGAAGUAGUUUUAUAAUUGAAUAAAUUUUCGUUCUUCUUUAUAUGAAAUACUAUGCAAUUUAUACAGUGUUUGUUGUGCCAUGUUGAAGUAAAUAAAGCUAAGAAUAAUGAACAUUUUAUCACCUUUUAGAGUAUAUAUUAAUAUUAACUUUGCCAAAAGCAUUUGAGCAUGGUGUAAGAAUAUCUUUUAAGUGGUCUGUUAUAUAUAUUUCAUAAAUCUAUUUUUUUGAUAUGUUGAUUUUUAUUAGUUUUGUACUUUGUUACAGGUUUUGCAGUUCUUAAAAUGAAGUGCAAACAAUUUGUUGUCUGUUGAGUUUUACUUUUGCCAGGUGCAUUUUGUACUAUUUACAAUUGCAUAGCGUAGACAUAGUACGAAAGGUUUUUUUAUGCUCUAAGUUAAUACAAUAUGAGAGCGGUUGUUUAUAAGUCUAUCAAAAGAAAAAACAAACACUUAUUUUUGUUUGUUAACAUUUAUAGAGGAUCAUCAUGUGUUUAAGUGUAAGGUAAACUAUUUUUUCACUAAAUUUUAGAUGUAGUAUUUCAUGAUUUUCUAAUAUUUUACUAUUUAAAGUAUUCGUAUUUAAUAUGUGAAAAUAGACAUAUUUUCUUGUUGUUUCAUACCUUGUCAAUAGGGGCCUACGUUGUCAAGUAGUUAAGGUCGCUGACUUUACAUGACUUGCCUCACACCGAUGUUGGUUCGAGCCUCACUCGGAGCGUUGAAUUUAUCAUGUGAGGAAGCCAUUCAGCUGGAUUACGGAAGGUCGUCGGUUCUACCUAGGUUCCUACCCGUGAUGACAUAAUGCACGUAGAGGCACCUAGGGAUCUUCUCCACCAUCAAAGCUGAAAAGUCGCCAUAUGACCUACGAUUGUGUCGGUGCGACAAACAAAACAAACAAAUCGUCAACGGUAUUAACAAAACUGCACAAUGUCAACGGUAUUUAACAAAACUGUACAAUGUCAAGCGUAACGUGGAACGUUAGAUUCAAUGUCAUCACAUUUCAGUAUGAUAUAUUUCUGUCACGUCGUAAUAUGUUGGGCAUAUUUGUACGUUUCCAUAUUCUUUGUUUUGUAUAUGUACUUCUAAUGUUUUUCUUAUAUAAUAAGAAUUUUUAGUCUGUUAAAUUCAUGUUCUGCGCAGUCGUAACUCUGUAGAAGUGAGAUGAUACUAUGAUAACCACUUUUUUUCAGACGGUGACGGUUCAAAUAUAAUUUACCAUUACGUACAUGUCUGCAACUUCAAUUCACCAUACUAUAAACAUUUUUAUGUAUGACUUUUUAAAAAUCAGAUUUCAUUUGCUUGUAGGUAAUUUUGCAGUAUUCAUGCCUGUAAAGAAUAUUGAGAAAAAAAAACACUGUAACACAUGCCUGACGUCAUUUGUGUAAUAAAGCCAUUAUAUCAUUUUGGUAUUACGUUAGUGUAAUAAUACAUUGAGCUGAUGUCAUUGUAAGUAUAGUAGACGUUGGUUGAACUGACUUUGUCUAUAACAGAUAAGAAAGAAAACAUUCUGGUGUUUUAGGAGGAAAAGCAAGCUUGUGGUGUUUGUGUCUUUCCACACAAUUUAUCAAAUUCGUCGAAUAAAAUUGAUAAAUGCUUGGCAGAUGAAAUAAUGAAUAAUGAAAAGACACUCGUGUAAUAUCCUCUAUAUAAUUGUUGUUCUAACAUCUAUGAUUUUCAAAACCUUAGGUUAUUUAUAACUUUAACAGGACUGACAGUUUGUAAUAUCUGUGCAUUCACAUGAUAAUUUUGGUGUUAACAAUUUCAGUGAUAUGGGUUCAGAACUUGGAAGUAUUUUGCGUAAGUAAAAUAGCUUCAAGACUGUUUUUUAAUCAUUUGUUUUAUUCUAGCAUUUAUUGAUUAUAGUGGAAGCAGAGCAUUUGUGCUAUGGGAAUUCGUUAAAGUUAUUUAUUGGAUCAUUGUUUCACAUAAAAUGCUGAAAUGUCCAGCAUUAUGAAAUGGCAAACUAUUUUAUAAACAAUACAUUCCAUGCCAGAAUUUUUUUUGAAAUUGAAUUUAUCCUGUUAAGACGGUUGACGGUCAAAUAAUUAUGUUAUUGUUGUGAUUUUAAUUCGAUGUCAUUUGCAGAACAUUUUUACUGAGAUUUUGACAGUAUACUAUCAGUAGUCGAUGUAAUGUUUUAUGUUUAUGUCGUCAUGCCAGUCUGAUGUGAUGAAAUUGUUGAUAGUGUUUAGAUAAAUAUACAAGUGAUCCAGGACAGUAUUCACUUGAUUUGGCCAUAAUUUGUUUCGAAUUUGAAGAUUUUGCUUUGUUAUUAUUGUGAUUAAAUUUGAAUAUAUGUUUUUAAUAUACUCACUUAAAAUGAUUUUGUUCAUAUAGAAGAUAGGCUUGCACAUAUAUGAUAUUCGAAAUAACUUGCUACUUAGGAAUUCACUGAAUACAUGUAUUAUAAAUCUUUAUCAUAGUUAAUCAUAAUUUUAUCAGAAAAACAGUUUGCCUUUUCUUGCUGUUUGUAAUAUAAAUACUGUAUUAAUCUGCAUUUUAAAUUUGAUUUGUUUUAAAGUUUUUGUUGUGAAAAAAGACUUAAUUUUGCCACUGUUCAUUUCAUACGAGAAUGCAUCUUUCUGGACCUUUUUAAGUUACAGCAGAUUAUCUACGCAAUCAUGGUAAAUACAUAUGUGACUAUUUGCAUUUGAGACUCAGAACGUUGGUGAUUAUGAACCCGUUAGAGAACAACUAAAUUUAAUUCUAUUAUUGUGACAAAGAUAGAGUUUUCUUUCUUAGAGCAACAUAUAUCUGUCGUGUUUUAACUUCCCUAAUCAAAGGGUUCAGAGCGACUAUUUAGUAUAGGUGGAUGUCCCGGCUACGACCCGCCGUCGUCAACAUAACCCAUCAUGUACUGAAAUUUGUUGGAUGCACACUAAACUUGCGUCAUUGGAUUGACCUCUGUCAAGUCAAAUGGUUCACUUGCUUGUGUUUAGGGGCAAUUUGUACAAGAUCCUUGGUGGACCGUUAUCAAACUUUAUAGUAUCCUUAUAUUUACAUGCAAUUCUAAGAAGAAAAAUACAGCAGCCUACCAGAUUUGUUGAAGUCAGGUCCCAGGAACUGCAUUUGGCAGUUUUUGCAUAAAGUUACAAAAUGUAUUUAUUUUAAAGAAACAUUUCUGCUAAAAAUCAAAAUUAAGCCACUGCUCUUUGACCAUGUUUGUUUCGAUGGAGUUUCGCUUUAAAAUUUGCUGUCUUGGCCUUUUAUCAAAUUCAGAGCUGUCAGAGAGCUCAAACAUAAGGAAAAAACAAACAAGUCUUAACAUUCAUUUAUAAAACAGAAACGUUACGUGGUAAACGAUCUUUCUGAACCCCAGCAAACUAAUUAUAAAAACUGUAUUGUAGUCCUUUUGUGGUAAGCAGCUCUUAACUUCUAGGUGGAUAUUUCCCAUUUUGGACAGAAACAUCAUUCUUGUUGAGCGGCUGAGGGCCAUUGUGGUCAUUUAGUUAAAACAAUAAUCUGAUCAUUAAUUUGCUAAUUAUGCCUUGAUAUAUGGAAUGGAUUGGAUAUACAGUUUCCAUAAAGUUGUAAAGUAAAGUGGCAAAGUUGAACGCUUAUAUUUCUUGCAUGUCACACAGAAUUUUCCCGUGUUUUACCGGUAGUGGAAAAUCUGUUUUCACACUUCGGUCUGUAAGAUGACUCUCAUGCUGUAAUUCAUGCAUGCAUGCAUACAAUUUACAUACGUUACUAUUAUAAGGUAGUGCUUAAAAGAAAAACAUUAAGCAGUUACCCCCCAGCUAGAUAUUUCAAUCCGCACUUAUAAUAAUUUGUCACUUCACUUGAAGUACUCUAAUAAUAUACAUUACAAGAAAAUUAAACAGUUAAAGCAGUAUAAGUUGAAAGUUCCUCUUUGUAUACAUUUCAGAAUCUCAAAAAUUAAUGUAAAAUAAUUGUUCGUAUUCACUUUUCUGCAUCUCUUAACAUCUCUAAAUUGUUAUGCACCUAGUCUUCGAAUGAUUGUCUCGUCAUUUUAUGGCAUUUAACUUUAACAUUUUAUGGCAUUUAACUUUAAAGUUAUCAUUUCUUCCUUUUUAUUUUACUCUGUUCUUUCUUUGUCAAUAACUUUACCGUGAGCAUUUUAGUUUCCAUGUUUAUAACAAAAUCAAAACAUUUCUACGCAGUAUGACUACAUAUUUAUAAAGGAGGCAUCUUAAAAGCCUGGUCAAUCUGUCUCUUAUUGACACACAUACUUUUGCGAUAUUAGGUACAACAUACAGUUUUCGAUCAUGCAUAUCCGUCAUUUUCAUUUUUCUAAAAUGUCAGCAAUAUAUUGUUCAGGCAGUUUUACACAGGAAACGUUUUAAGAGUCUUAACGCUGCAGUGAAUACAAUAACACCACAUAACUUGUUGCAGGAAUAAAUGAGAAUACUGAAUAAAAUAAGAUCCCAAAUUGGGUCUCUAAAUUGUACAAUCUUUUGCAAUUGGAAUAGAUAAACCUGACAUAAGGAAUAAGAAUAGCAAGUAUAUACACCCAGUUAAUUAUUAUUGAACGCACAAAUGCAAGUUUUUAUGUUAAUGUCUUAAAACGAUGUUUCAUUAAAACGAUAUAUUUUGGAAAUAGUUAAAACAGACAGACGGUUUUCAUACAAUGUUAAAUGUUUCAUUUUAAACUCAUAAACUUAUUUAUGUUUUAUCUGCCUGUCUCCGGGUAGUAUCAUCUCUUUUAAUACUUACUCUUAAAAUUUAUUUUUAAACUCUUCUUAGAGAAUGCAGUGGAAAUGAAUUCUUUACAUAAAUUAUGAUAAAUUCUUAUAACGUGCUGGUCAUUUUACUUUUAUCCUUAUUUUCAAGGACAUAUUAUACACUGUGUAUAUAUCUUUUUUUUUUUCAGAGUAGAAAAUCAUCACUCAUUGCAUCGGGACCAUUUUUAUACACUGUGUUAUCUUCAACACUUGUCAUUUUUACGCACACAUGCUAUAAAGAAUGCUUUUUGUUAAACAAUAUAUUUGAAUGUCUCAAAGAGAUCAUAUCACAGUUGUCUUUAGAAAUUUGUUUUCUUUUCUUCUGUCAAUGCAUAUCCCAUAUAUUACUCUUUUGUGUUCUAAACAAUAAAAUGUUCUACAAG